AUGUCCGACACUGCUGGGAAGAAACGUGCUGCCUCCGAGGACUUUGACUCAUCCGCCGCCGACGCUCGCCCGCCUCCCAAUCUCCGUUCAGGCCCCUUUGUUCCGCCGGACGAUGCGGAGGAGCCAUCGCCAGCGAAUGAGGUUGUGAGGAAGGCUGAGGGCUGGAUCGAGAAGUUCGAGUCGAAGGUCGAUGCAGAUGAGCAUGUCGUGCUGCAGACAGGAGAAGCGAAGGGACUCGUUGAGGACUUGAGGAACCUCGUCGCCGGCUUCCGUUCAAGCCCCGCGACGAAGGAUGACAUCGCCGAUGUGCUCGACCGCCUCGACGAGAUCUACCACUAUGUUGUCCCCACCAAGCGGCUUCCCUACUCUCCGCCUCAGCACCAAUCUUUGCCUCUUCGCCUGCCUGCCUAUGGCCUCCGCGCGUCCCCCCCGCAGCAGCCUUCCAUCUUCCAGCAACUCCCGUUCGACGUUCUUCGCCUCGUGAUGCUCGAGCUUCGGCACCUACACGAGACGGAGGCGGGCAAGCGAGGGCUGACGGAUUGGCGCAUCAACGACUGGCAGAGGACCGUUCGUGGAUUGAGGCGCGUCAGCGCAAAUAUGAAGGAGGUUUGCGACGCGAUUUGCAAAGCGGAACUCGCCGUCACUGCCGUCGAGGAUUUGCCCCGCAUCGCCGCACGUAUGACCAGGACGCCUCAGUAUGCCGAAGACUUGCGUCGCCUGGAGAUCUACCUCCGCGACCUCGACCAGCUCGGAAAUCGCUCCGGCACCGAUGCCGCCUUCUCCCUCCCCGACGUGAUACGUCUCAGUCACAACGUUACGGCCCUCAACCUCGCAGGCGACAGCAUUGAUCCCGACUUCUCGGAGUCACUCCGCUUCUACCUCUCGAGACGAGGAUACUCGUUCGACGAAAUGACAGGCGGCGUCAGCGUCCCCGACACCAUCGUUGCGCUCCCUUACCUCCGCCAUCUCAGCUACGGCGCCCCUUGUAGCGUCGCCGAUAUUGUCAAGUUCAUCACCGAGAUCCCGACUCUCACCUCGCUCGACAUUCGCGGUCUCGUCGAUCACGAUGCUAAUCCCGAGAUAAGGCCGGCCUCUGCCUCCCUCCGUCGACUGUGGAUGCCCGGGGUUGCCGUCCCGCCAACCGUCCUCGCGAGGUUACUAGGCAUCUCACCGCCGACCGAGCAACGCCAAGACGACGACGACGGAAUACCUCGUCCGCAACUCCGCUCUCUCGCCUUCACCUUCGACCCGGAGAACACCGUGCCGCACACUGGCGCGAACGUGGAAGCCGAGAUAGACGCCCUCCUGAACCUCUUCGGCAUCAUCGGACCUCGACUCGUCGAGCUCCACCUAUCGCUCCCCGGCGCCGACGAGAACGGCUCGCUCUCUUUCCUCGGUCCGCUCGCAGCUAUUCUGCCACUCCCUCUCCCAGGCGGUGCGGGUGCUCAGCCCGGUCCAGCCGGCGGCGCGGGCGGGCCUGCGAUGGCGGCUCCUCAGAACGUACAAGGCGCAGGUGCGGCGGCAGGUCCAUGGAACACAGCAGCCGCACAGCAGCGCGGUGUCCUUGCGCGACGAGGUGCGGGGACGAAUCGGACUGCAGGCCUGCCUCCAGUGCGAACGCAUCAGGCAGCAGCGGCGGCUGCAGCAGGCGCAGCGCAGGCGCCGCAGAAUGGUCCGCAUGUUCCGCAUCCGAAUAGGCAGCCUCCAGCAGUCGGAGCUGGAGGGGGAGCAGCGCCUGCGGGACCGGCGCCUCAGCCGCAGGCCGGGGCGGGAGGAGCGGGAGGAGGCCGAGCCAAUCUCAACCAGCUCUUCGCGGUGCGAGCCGUACGACCCGAGCACUUCUUCUUCGCCGAACUCCUCCAGCAUUGCCCGAAUCUCGAGCAUCUCGAGCUGUAUGGGAGGCGGUACAACGCCGGUCUCGUCGACGUUCUGCGGACCUUACCGCUGCGACAUCUCGCCUUGUCCGUCCCGAACAACGAGGAGCGCGCCCCGUUCGUCGAGGGUCUCCUCAAGGCAUUGGAGGAGGGAGUAUGGCCGAACCUGCGCAGGCUUGAGCUUAGCGGCCGUGGCGGAGAUUGGGCGCCGAGCGAGCGUCGCCAGGUCAAGGAUGCGGCGGAGAAGCGUCCCAUGCUCGAGUACCGGUCGACGGACCUCAAGCGGUAG